UAAAAUUGUAAACGAUAACCGUACGAAAUUUGACUAAAAUUUCAUCACAAAAUAUGUUUUUUAGUUGAUUCUUAUUGCCUCAAUUUACUUACUCUUAGCAAUAAGUGAAUGUUUCGUGCACUUGCCGCUGUCAGAAGAUUUUGCGCUCACGUCAAAUUAAGCGAUGCUCCAAUGAAGUACCUCAAUGUUGCCGAGAAGAACGAUGCCGCAAAAAAUAUUGCCAACCUGCUUUCAAGGGGAACGUCCCGGCGGCGCGAAGGGUUUUCUCCUUACAAUAAAAUUUAUGAAUUUGAAUAUACCAUCCGUAAUCAACGAGUUAACAUGGUAAUGACAUCAGUGUCCGGGCAUUUACUAAACUACGAAUUCCUACCUUCCUUCCGGGGCUGGCAUAGCUGUAAUCCAGAACAGUUGUUUGAUGCUCCAGUACGAAAAAAUUGUAUAGAAGGUGGAGACAAGGUUAAACGUACUUUGGAACGCGAAAUACGUGGCUGUCAUGCACUAGUUAUCUGGACCGAUUGCGACCGAGAGGGAGAAAAUAUUGGUUUUGAAAUUAUCGAGGUUUGCCGAGCGAUCAAACCACAGAUUGAAGUACUACGUGCGAAAUUUUCCGAAAUUACUACACCCUCCAUAAAACGAGCUGUGGAAAACUUAGCCGUGCCGGAUGACCGUCAAAACGAUGCCGUUAACGUGAGAAGUGAGUUGGAUUUACGCAUUGGAGCCGCCUUUACUCGGUUUCAAACACUACGCCUGCAAAAUGUGUUUCCGGAAAAAAUUGUCAACAAUUUAGUUUCGUACGGUAGCUGUCAGAUACCCACGUUGGGUUUCGUUGCCCAGCGAUAUAAAGAAAUCGAGAAGUUUAUUCCACAAGCCUUCUGGAAGUUGAAAUUGAAUCAUACAAUUAAUGAGCUUACGGUAGAGUUCAAUUGGGCAAGAAAUCGGCUAUUUGAUAAACAAUGCUGCGAAGCAUACUUAAUGGUUUGCCAAUCAGAGCCACAGGCGAAGAUAGUCAGUGUAUCAAACAAACCGAAGAGUAAAUGGCGACCUACACCGAUGGAUACUAUUGAACUGGAAAAAUUGGGAUCCAGAAAGCUGAAAAUUAACGCCAAACAGACAAUGACAAUUGCGGAAAAGCUCUACACGCAAGGUAUCAUAAGUUAUCCUCGUACGGAAACGAAUAUGUUCACCAACGACAUCAAACUGGCACCACUGGUAGAAAUGCAAGUUGAUAAUCCUGAAUGGGGCCCUUUUGCCCAGAAAGUGCUCCAAUGGGGACCAAAUCCGCGAAAUGGAAAGAAAUCGGAUCAGGCUCAUCCCCCCAUUCAUCCAACCAAAUUUGUGACCAACUUGAGUGGAGAUGAGCGAAAAGUGUAUGAGUUAAUUGUUCGUCAUUUCUUAGCAUGUGUUAGCAAAGACGCAACUGGGUCUGAGACGAUUGUCACAGCUAUACUGGCGGAAGAGGAGUUUACCGCAUCGGGUUUGUGUAUCCACGAAAGGAAUUACUUGGAGGUUUAUCCAUACGAUCGAUGGAACUCAAAGGAAAUACAUGCCUAUCAAGUAGGAAAUACCUUCGAACCAACGGAAUUGGGUCUUCACGAAGGAUCGACAACGGCACCGAAUAUGUUGACCGAAGCUGAUUUAAUAGCUCUUAUGGAAAAACAUGGGAUUGGAACAGAUGCGACUCAUGCGGAUCACAUAAAUACAAUUAAGGAGCGAGGGUAUAUUGGAGAAGCAGAUCGUGGUUUUUUGGUUCCUGGAACCCUUGGAAUGGGUUUGGUAGAAGGAUACGAAUCGAUGGAACUUCCAUUGGCUCAACCAGUACUUCGAGCUGGACUCGAAGCAGAUCUAAAGCUUAUAUGCGAAGGACAAAAAGACCCCAAAGUAGUACUUCAGGAACAAAUUCAAAAAUAUAAGGAGGCGUAUAGAGUUAUCACCGAAAAAGCAAGAGCAUUAGAUCAAGCAAUGGGUCAACGGCUUAAUCAAGCUCCUAGAGAGGCUCCUUCAAAUUAUUCAGCGGGUUCGGCUUCUAUCCAAGAAGUGUGUCGAUGUCCUAAGUGCUCUCAGAUGAUGUGCCUUAAAACGAAAAAGGACGGAAAUGGUUAUUAUCUAGGUUGCCUGGGCUUUCCAGAGUGCAAAAAUAGCGUCUGGUUUGACGAUAAUAUUAAAGAAGCUUCGGGAACAGACGAAGUCUGUCAGAAAUGUGGUGGAACCAAUAAGAAACUUUUGGUUAAAUUCAGACAUACACGGUUUUAUGCAUUCCUUAAUCACAUCAAUAACAUAUCUUAUAAAACGUGUAUUGUGUGUGACGACAAGUUCCGAGACGUUCUUGGGAUCGACAUUAGCCUAGUGAAACAAUUUCGACCAAAUGGAAUUAGGGCAAAUGUUGCCAUUCCACAACGUGGGACAGCACCUUCCGGCAGUGAAAGGCGUAAUCCAAAUCCCCCCGGUGAUCGAUCCUGUGGGCCUGGCACUGGCAGAGGCGGAUGGAGCGACGAUGAUGAUCGAAGAGGUGGUGGUGGUGGAGCAAUUUCUAUCGGAGGUUCAAACAGAUCAAAUACAAACAGCGGUUGGGGAGGUAGUUGGAACUCAUCCUCUAGUGUAUCAAAUGGCACACAAAAUAGGCCUAGCAACGAACAAAAUUCGACGAACAACCCGCCGUGGAACAGAAAUCCUCUUCCUGCUCCAACACACAAUACACCGUUCAGAUCUACUAACGAGCAAGUCAUGUGCCGUUGUAGCAUACCAGCAAGGGAGUUAACCGUCAAAAAGGAAGGCCCAAAUAAAGGGCGGCCGUUCUUCGGUUGUUCUAAAGCACAGAAUGAGCAAUGUGGAUUUUUUCAGUGGGCCGAUGAGAAUAAUCCUCCGCAAAACAGUAACAGUGGUCCAGGCACAACUUGGGGUAGUCAAAGUCGACCACCUGCAUCCGGAAAUAACUCUUUUGGUGGUGGAAGUAGCACCACCUGGGGAAAAACGAAUGGUACUAACAGCAGUGACGGACGAGGCAGUAAAGGAAACGCGAAUAAUCGAACAGGUAAAACCGGGGAGCAAGGAAAAGCAACCAGAAAAUGUGGAUUUUGUCGACAAGAAGGUCACACUAAAGCAAAAUGUCCGCAACGUGAAAGUAUGGAUUACUAA